AUGACCUCAGUCACCCCAUACAGCAUCGCCGUUCCGGACGAGAAACUCCGCCAGCUCCGCCACAAGCUGGAGUACACUACCUUCCCCGACGAGCUUGAGGCUUCCGGGUGGGAUAUGGGGGUCCCUCUCCAUGAGAUCAAGAGACUUAUCGCCGUGUGGCGCGAGGAAUUUGACUGGCGUGCGCAAGAGCAGAAGCUGAAUGAGCGACUCAAGCAAGUCUAUAUUCGAGUAGGAGUGGAGGGCUUCGGAGAACUGAAUAUACAUGCCGUGCAUCAUCGGAGCGGAAAUUCAAAAGCAAUUCCAUUGCUUUUUAUUCACGGCUGGCCUGGCAGCUUCCUUGAAGCCACCAGGCUUAUCCCGCUACUCACUAAGAACAACGGCGAUGGCCCAGUAUUCGACGUUGUCGCACCUUCAUUGCCCAAUUUUGGAUUCUCGGAUGGCGUCAAGAAGGAUUCGGGCUGGCACAUGCUUCAAGGAGGCGACUGGGGCAGUAUGAUCGCCCGUACCAUGUCUCAGUACUACCCUCAACACACCCAAGCCAUCCACCUGAACUUCACGCCCGUCAUACCGCCCUACCCAUGGCGAAGUCCCUACCAAUUCCUCAAGUCAUUGAUAUCUGUGCCCUUCUCAGCGAAAGACCGUGGCUAUAUCGCCCGAACAUUGGGGUAUAUCACUCGCGGCAACGGAUACUUGAAACAGCAAGAAACCCGACCACAGACUCUAGGCUACGGGCUUCACGAUAGUCCCGUUGGAUUGCUAGCUUGGAUUUAUGACAAAAUGCACACGUGGUCCGACAAGUAUCCCUGGACGGAUGAGGAGAUCUUGACCUGGGUGAGCGUGUACUACUUCUCCACAGCUGGGCCAAUGGCAUCAACGAGGAUCUACUACGAGGCCUCGGCGCCGAAGAGUAUUGGAAGCGCGGGUGUGCCGGAGAGUGGAGCUCAGGAGGAUCUCCCGGGAAAGACAGGUCUGAAUUACAUGUCGACUGAACAAGUUCUCGGGGCUCGGGCAGCGCAGAAUGUCCGCUUUGCAGUGGCACAGUUCCGAGAGGAGAUUGUAAUGUGGCCUAUGGCGUGGUAUCGGGCCGUUGGGAAUGUUGUGCAGGAAACGGAGUAUGACCAUGGUGGCCAUUUUGCGGCCUGGGAAGUGCCUGAGUCGCUGGCGUCUGAUAUCAAAAGGUUCUUAGGCAAUAAUGGGCCAGCCUACGGGGCGGUAGCUGACAGAGAUGGCUAUUGA